UUUAAAUAUUAUAAAAAUUACAUUUAUUUCUAAUUGUAACAUUGUCAAUAGUAUUUAUUGUAUUUACUAAUUUCUUUUAUAUAUUAUAUAAACAUACGUAAUAUUAUUAAUUUACAUUAUAACAUAAUAAUAUCGUUGUAAUCAAAGUUUUUACAUUCACUUCCGCACAGUACAAUAAUAGAUGUAAAAUGUGUGUCAAGACAAACGGAUCGCUAGAACACAUUAUUUAAUUUAUUAAUAAAAAUAAUAUGAAGGUUUAACGUGCAUUUUGGAUACGCAAAAGAAAAAAAAUAAUCUACUAUUAUAUAAAGACUAGAUCAGUAUUUUAAAAUGUUUCACUUUCUUUUAAUUAUACAAACACAUAUAAAUGAUAUAUUUAUUUUAUAAAGGUAUAUAGGUAUACAUAAUAUUACAUUUAUAUAAAUUAUUAUUUUUAUAUACUCUUACAUACAUUGCUAUGAUGACGUAUCCAUACAGCAAUAUAAUUUUUAAGGCCUACCAGUGGACAAAAUCAUUUCAGUCUUUUCAAUUUUUUUUUUUUUUUUUUAAUAACAACUUUUUGAAUAAUUGAAUUAAAUAUUACGUUGAUCAAAGACCGCACUUAUACAAUAGUCUCCCCACUCGAUUCGUUUUUACGAUAAACGUGUCAAACGUAAAAGAAAUAUUGAGAGGGUGGGAUGGAGUUGAUGAAAAUAAUGUACACAUAUAUUAUAUAGUAUUAUUAUAAAUAAUAAAAAAAAUUUUAAAAAUUUGCACUUAUAAAUAUAAGGAGGGGUAUAAGUAAUUAUUGUGGUGCAUCAUACAGGUAUGGUAAAUAUUAACAAAUUAUUGAGCAACAAAAUAAGGGCAGUUUUUUUUUUAUAAAUAGAAAUAAGAAAAAGCGACAAAAUAAAACGUACACACACAAACACAAAAAGAGAAUACGCACGGACAUAAAAUUAAAAUAGGUGAAUAAAAAAUAUAAAAAAGAAAAAACAUUAGAUAGGUAUACUUAUUGUGUACAGAAUAUCGCUAAUGGGCAUUUCUAUCAAUGAAUAAAUAAUUAAAACACAUUUAAGUAGAAAGAGAUUAAAUAUACUUGAUCAGAUGCAUAAAUAUAAGGUAAUAAAUUAAAGUGUCAACUAAACUGUCUAAAAUAAAAUAACAUUUAUGACUUGUAUCACAUGAAUAUACACAAGACAAAUUGGUCAAAAACCACUGUAGAAAAGUAUUAACAUAAAUAAUACAUUGUUCAGAAUAACAGUUAUAAGUAAAAAAAAAUAUAAUAUAUGUUGUUACUUUAUUAUCUAUUUUUCGGAGAACUUCCUUCUAAUAUUAUGUGCAGUUGAUUUAUGGAAUGGCAUGAUGGAAUGUGGAGAGUACCAAAUAAUUUAGAACUUCAUAAUAAUUAAUCAAAACAUUGUGAAGGUCAGACAGUCAUUCUCGUUGCAUAAAUAUAUAGAAAUAAUUUUGACAAAAAAUAGAUAUUUAUCUAUAAUAUGCUUUACCUAAGGCAAUCGUACAAUUUGGAAUGGUUGUGUUUCUUUAAAAAAUUCCUUUUCCAUAAUUUUUAUCCAAAUAAAAUUUAAAUAGUAAAUUCAUCAAAUAGUUAACCAAUGAAUGCAAUGAAAAAUAAAAUCCUGGCAUUAUUAUUAACACUGUGCCACGAAAAAAUAAAAUGUAUUUAAAGCAAUGAUCUGUAAUGAAUGACAUUUAUUUUUAUGUUUGCUCAUAGAAUCUAAUUUCACUUAAAAAUCAAAACCAAUUAAAUAUCAGAAUAAUAAUUCUACCUACAUAUUAUGAAAAAAAUUAAACUAUUCCAUAAAAAUCUUAACGAUUGAUAAUAAGAUUAGCAAAAGUAAUAUCAACUUUCUACAUUUUUAAUUUCAAUCAGUGAUAUUAAGUUUUUAAAACUGUCAACAUUAAAUUUUGACCAAAUCAUACACACGCACACACACACAAACACACACAUAUAUAUAUAUUAAAUAUGUAUGUAAAUCUAUAUAGCAAUGAAUAAUAUUAAUAAAUAUUAAGUAUGUAAAUUCCUUUUUAGUUUUUUAUAUAUAAUAAGAGAAUAUUAUAUCUGUACAGUCAUAAUGGUAUGGUAAAUAAUAAUAAAUAAGAUUGUAUAUAAAAUAUAUGUAUGCGUGUAUACAUAUAUAAUAUUAUGUGGUUAAGGAAUGUGACACAAUGCACGGUACCCAUAUAAUGUGAUAGUGAAAGACGCUUUAUCUCUGUAUGACGGUCAAUAUGUCUUUCAGGGUGGUGUCCAAUGUUUGGAAUAUAGUUGAAUGGUCAGUUUGCUGGCGCCCACCUCCAGCGGACCGCAUCUGUCGGGAUUGAGACUCCAACUUGUUAAGCAGCUCACGUAGAUGGAACCUCAGGUUGGGUGGCGCUGCUGUGUCUGCAUAAUUCAAGCACGAAGAGUGAAAACCACCCACUUUGUCAGACAAUGACAACCAGCCAGCCGACGUGACAACGGGUGCUGCACGCAGAGUACGUAAAUUGGCGUCCACGGUCUGCCACUGUUCAACGAUGGUAGAUGGAGCCACAGCACCUGGCGUGGCAUAUAUUGCAUUUGAUUUAUUAGCCACCGCUGUCGCUGAAGACUUAGUGGCCGCUGCUGCCACCGCCAUGGAAGGUUUCACGGGCACAGCUGGUCUGUUAUCGUCGUGAGGUGGUGGCCAUAUGCGUCUCUCCUUCAAGGUUGUGUUAGCCGCAACCACUUCAGAUGGAGGACUUUCUCCCUCCCAAAGUUUCUUUAGACUGCUUAUGCUACCAGUGCUCCGCCUCUUGUCGUCGGCACCUACUUCACCAUCACCACAGGUGGACUCUGCAGGCGGGUUGUUUUCACCACAGUCUUUCCUAUCAUCAAUUUUCACCUUUUUCAACUGUGAUUUAAUCUCAGCUAUGUUGUUAUCAAUACGCUGCAACUGAUGCUGUGAUUGCUGCUGAUGUUGUUGUUGAUAAUGGAGGUGGUAUUGCUGAUCAUGAUCGUCCUUACUGAUCUUUCUCAGGCUUGUUUUAAAGUCAACUGGAGAUAAAGAACGUUGCUGUUCCUCCUUGCUAGCACCACCACUAGUCAUCACUUUCUUAUCAGCUCCACCCGCAGAGUGGUGUUUCAGUUCCAUCAUUUCUUUCAUGAUAUCUGGCACAAGACUUUUCACAUCUCUGGAGGUACCAUCUUCAUCUGAUGACGGUGAUACUUCAGCAACAUUCUUCUUUGACAUAACAGGAGAUGGUUCGAUGACUGGUUUAUUGUUAUCUGUCUGAACUUUAUCCUUACGUACACACUUCAACCUGGCAGGUUCCGAUUUAGCGCUGUUACAGGAAUCGGUAGAUGGUUCUCUAUGUCUGAGACUCACUCCAAACCUGAAGGUGGACAUUUCUUCAUGAUCCAAAUCUUCAGGAGGAGGAGGAGGUGGGAAUUCUAGAUCCGCAAGGUUUGGAGGUGGUGGUUGAGCACGUAGUGUUCUUGGAGAAGAAGGCUGAAAAUUUGUUGAAGAGUUACUCCUAGUCAUAUUUCCUGGUUGCUGAAAUGGACGACGUAAUGGGACAUUAGUACGGUGAUUGGCAGGGGGUUUGGUUAUGUUUGUCUCGCUAGAUUCUCCGUUUCCGUGUCUCAGAGAUUCUAAGUAGGCACCAAUACGAGCCCCUUUUGGUAAUGUACCAUAACGAUUAAUGGCUCGUUUCACAUUUUGUACUUCUAACGCGGCAACCUUGGGUGUAUCUAAAUUGUUAGUAUCUCUUUGGUAAAGUGGAUGAGAUGCUUGAUGUUUGGAUGUUUUUUUUGUAAGAGAACCACGGUGAACUCGAUUCAAAGGUGGUAUAUGGGAACACUCAUUUUCAGUUUCUGCUGGUUCAGCACUUUCCUCGCUGGCACCAUCACUAUCAGCCAGACUGUUAACUACAUUAAGUAACUCUUUAGUAAUUCCUGCAACAUAAAUAAUUUUUUGUUAUUAAAUAUUAACAAAAAAUUUGUAUUAAAAAUAUAUAUUUGAUUAAACAUUUUAACUAGUCUAUAUUAUUAAACUCCUCAUACUCAUGAUAUGUGUAACUCUUUUACAUAUCUGAACUAAUAAAAUACAGUUUUGAUAUUUGUGUUGUCGUGUACACAAGUAUACAAUAACAAAAUUUAAACAAUUUUAUUCCUUAUUAACCUUAGAAAUAUUCCAAAUAAAAAUAAAAUAAAAAUCAUAGAUAAUAUAAUUCAUAUAAAUUUAACACAGUCAAUAUUGUUUAAAGACGUUAUCUAUUUUGUUUUAGAUUUUGAAUGCAACACAGCAAAUGUAUUAAGUUCUGUCUGAUUUUUUUUUUUUUUUUUUUUUGUAAGAGUGUAAACAAAUUUUUUACUAGAAAUCUUGCUUCCAUUAAAAAGUCAAGUCUUAAUUCAUUUUUGUAGAAAAAGCAUUUAAUUUGUUGAUCUCAUUGAUCUUUUAAAGUAAAAGUUAAUUUUACAAAUCAAGUAAAUUAAUUUGGUACCAUUAUCAUUAUUCAAGGGAAGCUGCAUGAAAUUAUGAGGAGACAAUCCUCCUUUUAGCCUCAAACUAUUGAGUACCUAUAUAGUACCUAUAUAUAUAUAGUACCUAUAUAAGUCCCCAAUGAGCAUUAACAAGUUAAAAAGUUAAUUUUGUUUUAACUUAACUAGUUACCUUUGGAUUUUGAAAAAUGUGUAUUAACUUUUAACUUAAUUGAGUUGACCAAAAAUUAACUUUUAACUUUAAACUUUUUCUUAUUGAUGCAUAUUAACUUAAGUGAGUUAAAAAAGAUCCUUAACUUACCUAACUUUGGCAAUAAUAGAAAAAAUUUACUCUUAGAAAAGAUGCUGUGCUAUUACAAUAUUUGUACAAUUAAUGAUCGGACCAAGAUUCCAAGUAGAAAAAUUGUUCACAGUCAAAGUUAGAAGGUAGGAUACAAAUUUUAUUUAAUUUCUACAUGUAUAUAAUUUAGUCAUUUUAUAGAAAUGGAUAAUAAUUUAAAUACCUAUAGUUUAGACUUUUAAUCUAUGGACUAUUCAAUAACAGUAGGAUAGUUAUAAUAAUAAUCCAAAUUGUAAUUUUUUAUCAAAAUAAAUAUGCGAUAACAAUGCAAUCUUUUUUUUUUUUUAUUAUUUUAUAUACGAAAUAUACAAUCUGUUCCUUGAGGAACAAUAAGAAUAUGUGGUAAAUGAAAAAAAAAAUAAAAACAUGAAUGAAUUUAUGAGAGGAGUCACCCAGUGGUAACAGUACCCUAACUUGAAGGGUCAAUGCAAUCUACAACCAGCUAUAAUGAGUGGUUAUAAACAGUGGCUAGAAUUCACUUAAUUGUACCACACUAAUGAUUAUUUACGCCUAACAAAAUAAUAUUGAGCAGCAACUACAAAACACUUAAUAAAUAACUAGUAUUAAUAUAAUAUUGCAUUUGUUGCAUACAUAAAAUAUUGUAUCCUUCAAAAAGCAUCACAGGUAAACUAGUUUUCAAUUAAAACAACAAAUUGUUUCUUUCAGAUUUUAAAUUUAUAUUUUCCUUCAAACAUAAGGUAAAUAAUAACAAACCAUUUGCUGUGAAGUUGUCUUCAGAAAAAUGUUGAGGAGGAAGUGACAUGGCUGCAUCAUUUUGAUCAGUCAUAACUGGACCACCAUAAUGUGAAUCCCUAAAUGAACUGCAUGAUGACAAUAAACUGAAAACAUUAAUCGUUACUAAGGUUAAUUAAAGAAAAUAAUAAUAACAAAAAAAAAUUGUUAACUACCUUGUACGUUUUGGUGGGGCUGGUGCCGUUUUACCGCGUUUAUUUGUUGGACGGCGCAAUUGAACAAGACUUCCUUUAACGACUGGCCCACCAAAAGUAGACAGGUUACGUUCAACUUGUGUAAUUCCUUCUAAAAAUUUCAUUUUGUUUAUUUAAAAAUUAUUUUCAAUUGUUUUUAAUUAAUAAUUUAAAAUCAUAAAAAGUUACCAUUUAACUCUAAAGAAGUUCCUAUAAUAUUGGAAUUAUUUGUAUGCAACUUUUUAUGAGAUAACUGAGGGGUUGUGCUUCCUUGCAACUGUUUUUCUACUUCUGUAAAAUAAACAUAACAUAUUUGUUAUUAAAAAAAGUGUAUACAUAUUUACAAUAAAUUAAUUUUGCCUUCAAUAAUAUUGGAUUCUUGGAACAUAUUUUCCAAAGCAUGGUGAAUUUCUUUAAAGGAUGGCCUUUCAUUAGGAGCCCACUGCCAACAUUGUUUCAUUAGCUGAUAGAUAUUUGGUGGACACCCAGGAGGACAAUCCAUUCUGAAAAUAAAAUAUUUCAUUAUAAUUUUGUUUUUAUCUAAGCGUGAAAGAAACAUAGUAUAUUCAAGUAAUUUUUUACAUGAAACCUUGGUUUUUAUUAUCAAAUACACUAGGUAGAGAAUACAAUAAACGUAUUUAAUAAAUUCUAAAAUUACCUACACAACAACUUUUAGUAAACUUAUACUGGAGAUAUUUGCUAUUUUAAAUAAUUGUAUAAACAGAGAAAUGUAAUUUGUAAAAGGUAUUAAAUGCAUUUCAUGAGUAAUAUUGUUAUUAUUAUCUAAAAAUGAAUUAAUGUUGUGGUUCUAGCAAAAUAUAAUUUUUUUAUAUAUAUAUAAAUAAAAUCUUUAAUUUUAAUUAAGAAAAAUGAAUGGUCACAUCAUUUUAGAUUAUCAUACCUAUAUCCUUUUUCUAGCAUAUGAUAAACAUCAGUUAGAUCAACUCCAGGAUAUGGUGACAUACCAUAAGUAGCAAUUUCCCACAAAAGAACUCCAAAUGCCCAAACAUCAGACUAAAACGAGAAAAAUUUGUAUAGUAAUAAAGUCAAUAAAAUAAACUAUAAUACAUACUUUAGUAGAAAAUUUAUUAUAUGCUAAGCCUUCAGGAGCAGUCCAUUUUAUAGGAAAUUUAGCCCCGGCAUGGGCAGUAUAUGUAUCAUCACGCAUUAAUCGCGCCAAACCAAAAUCAGCAACUUUGACAAGAUGAUUUUCUCCAACAAGACAGUUACGCGCAGCCAAAUCUCUAUAAAAAAAAUAAUUAACAAUCAUCUAAUACAAUUGUGUACACAAACAUUACCUGUGAAUAAACAUGCGGCUUUCUAAAUAACUCAUUGCACUAGCUAUUUGGGUAGCCAUGUACAUAAGCACAACUGCAUUAAUAUUUUCUCGAUUUCCCUGUCGUAAAUAAUCUAAAAGAUUUCCUUUACUCAUAAAUUCUGUUAUUAUGUAAAAUGGUGGUUCUCUAGUACAAACACCUAAACAAAUGUUAAAUAAAAAAAUGAUAAUGUAGCAAAUUUGAAUAGUAAAUUUUAGUGAAACAUUACUCUACUGUACCUAACAAUUGAACUAAAUUUGGAUGUUUCAUUUCUUUCAUAAUAGCAGCUUCUUCUAAAAAAUCUUUGAGAGCCAUAGUGUCUUCCUGCAAUAUUAAAUAGUGUAUUAAUAUAAAUAUUUUGAUACCUAGACAAAUAAUGAAUUUAACUAUUGAUAUAUUUUACUUUCAAAGUUUUUACUGCUACAGUCAUAUUGUAUCGUUUCCAUACAGCUUCAUAAACAUCGCCAUAUUGACCUCCACCAAGUUUAUGUCUCAUAACAAUAUCUGUUCGGUUAAUUUCCCAUUCGUCUGGCUCAGGACUAAGAGCAAACACUGUAGGCUUGUUAUGUUUAGGUGCUGGAUACAAUAGUUGUGUGAUAAGGCCAUCGGAAUGCAUUGAAUGAUGAUGAACCAAUUCAGCAAGAGUAUUAAAACGACUUUCAGUUGUCACAUAUACCUAAAUACAUAAAAUUAGAUAAAUUGUUAUAAAUACCAUACUCAAUAUAAACAUUAUUACUUUUCCGUCGGAAGUGUCUUCAUUUAUACGAUAAUGAUAGACUCGUCCUUCAUAUCUCAAUGAAAUAGACCUUUGACCAGGAGAACUUUCACUCUCCCGAACUAAAAAACUACCAUUAAUUCCAGAACUAAGCAAAUAUUCAGCAGCAUUUCGUGAAAUUGGACCAUGAUACCAAGAAUGUUUCUCCAAUGAAUUUACAGGUGUCACAUAAUUUGAUGGUACCCAGCCAACUUGUCCUGGUGAUGCAUGUGCUUCACACCAUUCACCACUUUUAUUAUAGGAUAAAAUACGAACUUGUUCACCUAUAGAUAUGACAUUUUUUAUGAUUAAAAAUAAUAAACAAUAUAAAUUAAUUAAUAACUUUAUUAUUUUAAUACUAUUUGUAAUUAAAUAAUAAAUCAGUAAUUUAUUAGCAAUAACCUUUUUUAAGACUAAGUUGAUUAUCACCACCGGCUUGAAAAUCAUAUAAAGCAACAAACAAUUGAGGAUCAUCAUCCUCUUGCGAUUGCAACAAAUUUUCUUUUGAUGUCCAUCUAAUAGAAGAUUCUAAGUUGCUUGAAAUUGUUCCCCCAACAGAACCACCAGAGCUUCCACCACCUGAAGGAAUGGUUCCAGGGGGAUCACCAUCAGGAAGAUCUGGUAUAUGAGGUAAAGGCCGACUUUGCAAUAAUGCCUCUGUAAAAUUAAUGUAAAUUAGCUUUUACACAUUAUACAUUAUUAUGUGAACCUAAUUAUGACUAUCUAACUAAUAAUCACUUAACUUAUAAAAAUAAAAAUAAAUUUUAUAUUUCAGUCAAUCAUUAGAAACAAAAAGAAUGAACAGAUUACCUACUAAAUUAUGCAACUAUUGCAUACCUAUGCAACCUAUAAAUUGAAUCUAAAAAAAAAAAAUAAUUUUUUUUAUAAUAUGAUUUUGUGAUAUAUUUUAUUCAAAAUAAUUUAAAAGGAAAUAAAAUACUACAAUGAUUGUGUAACAUGUUUAUAUGCAUUGUUCACUUCAAAAUAUAAGUACUUAAAACAUUUUAAUAAAUUACCAACACACAACAACAACAAAUAGUACUUUUUUUAAACAAUUGAACACAUUUGUUGGGUCACUUAUAAAAUAAUUUCAAAUAGGUAUUAAACAUUAAACAGUACAUCAGUUUAUUUCAAUAUUCCUUAUACAUAAUUAAAUUAUAUUUAUUUUCGAAAUUUCCUUAAGAACCUAUAUUUUUUCUCAUAAGAUGAUUAAGAGAUAAAACAUGUAUUUUUUAAAAACCUAAUAUUACUUAUAUUAGAUGAUUAAAUUCCUUCCAAUCCCCAAUUAUGAUUCAAAACGUGCUUAAAAAUGGUUUUAAGAACUUGCAUUAUUUCUAAAUAAUAAACUCGCAAGUCAAACAAAGAAACAUAGUUCUUCAAUACAAAAAUGACAGGCAUCUUAAACUUAACUAUAUGAACAUAUAGUUGUCUUAGGUACCCCACUAUCUAAUAUAAUUAGUGUAAUUAUGUAAUUAUUGUUCAAUGUAACUUUAAUAUUAUUAAGUACUAACAUAAUAUCUAUAUAACUAAUAAUUAGUAGGUACAUAAUAUAUUUCAGAUUAAAAUUAAGAACUUAGCAAUACUCUGUUUCUAUAAUAUUGGGUUCCCAUAAGGCAUCUACACAAAAAUUAACUUAGAUAUUUAAAUAAUUUAAACUAUAAGUAAGAUGAUUGUUAAUUUAAAAUGUUUCUCCUAAAUAAGUAUACUCGAGCUAAAUAAAAUAAAAAACCAAAUUAAAUAAAUGUUAUACAAAAAUAACUACCUUACCAUUGACCCUUUUAACUUUUAAAAAAUAAUAUUUAACAGAAUUUAAAUGAACACAAGAACUAUAUUAUAUUAAAAUAUAAUUAAAUUAAUAAAAAAAAUCAUCAAUCUGAAGUAACUUUUAAAUACAUAAGUAGGUACCUAAGCUAUAGAUACUUACCACCUAUAACAAUUGAAAAUAUCCAUUAUAGGUACCAAUAUAAUUAGAUUAAUAACUAAAAUUGAACCACUUCAUAAUUAUAACCAAUAAUAGUAAAUACUUAAUUUAGUAGAAAUAUGAAUUAUUUUAUUAACUAUGCAUUAAUGGUAUAGGCAUACAAGGUUAUAUGAUCUUAGGUAAGUCCAAAAAUAAGUCUAGUACACGUGGAGUAUACCUAAUCGUUUUAUUUAUAGUAGUUAUAACUGUAAUUACUUGAAAUAAAAAAUUAAACUGCAGAUCAUCUAAUUCUAUACCUAAAUUUAAUUAUGUAUUUAUACAGCUCUCAGCAAAACAAAAUUAUAAAUUUCUGUAGAUAUUAGGUUGGUACUAAUUGAAGGGGUCCAAGCAAUAAUGAGACAAAUCCACUUUUUAUAACUUUUCAGGAGACAGAAAUGUUUUAAAAAUAUUGUGUUUACGAUAAAAUUAACUUUAAAGUCAAUUUAGAUACAUUAGACCAUAAUAAAGAAGAUUGUGUAGUAUUUGAUUUGAUUUUCAAAAUUACUAUGAGAUGAGGGCUAAUAUUAACCUACAUUUUAUAGAAUUAUCUGGGUUUCUGACUAGAAUUUUUUCAUCAAUUGUUUUAAUACCAAAAGACAGAAACAAAAAAUUCCAGACAACAACUUUUUCAUCGUAUCUCCUAUAUGGAUAGUCGGAUUUACCUUGUUCUUAUACAGAUAUAUUCAUAAUUUUUUUCUCAACUUUAAUCAGCCAAAAUCUCACUUUUGAAAAAAAUGAAGUUGUCUCAUUAUUGCAUGAACCCCUUCAAUUACAAAAAAAAAAAAUCACCUUUAUUAAUUUAUGAAAAAUCGAUUUGAUCCCAAUCUGUUUGUUAACUUUUGACACAAAGUAGUACACCUCAACAAUUAGGUAGUUAUAAAAUAUCAAUAAUAAUAAAAUGAUUAACAAGGCAAUAAUAUAAAGCAGUCAUACAGUGAAAGUGAUUGUAAAGAAAUAUUGAUUAGUUACCCACUAAAAGACCAUUAAAUAAUUACUGAAUUGUUUAUAAUAAACAAAUUUAUCUAAUAAAAAUAAUAAUAGGUAAAACCAUAACAUAAGUCAUUUAAAUCAAAAUAUUAUACCAAAUUAUAUUCAUAAAUGGAUUAUCUAAAUGUAUGACAUGACAAUCACUUUUCAAAUUAUAAUUAGAUAGGAAUUAAUUUUAGAUUAAUUAGGUAAAUGAAACAUACAUUUACAGGUUUUUAUAUUAUUAGCUACUUAUAGGAUUCAUACGAUUCAUUGAAAAUAAAAGAGAGUACGUAUUUAAUUUGGUUACCUAUUCCAAAAUAAAACUACACAUAAUUGUAAAAUUAAUUUUGAUAUAAACAACACAACCAAUGUUUAUAUUUUGUUUAGCAAUAUACAAACUCAACAUCAAUUUAUUUUCAUUAUUGACAAUUAUUAUGCAUCUAGUCGUUGGUGUCAUAAUAUUAUUUUGUAACGCAAUAUUGUAGAUUUAUGAUGGACAUAGGGAUAAAUAUAAACAAUUAAAUACAUGAAUCACAUCAGGCAAUAAUGGCAAAAACAUACCACUAUGUUCGGUGAAUAUGUUUAAUCCUUGGUUCUUGCCGUCCUUGACGUUUGAAAACCGCGGUUUGGAUCUGAUGCUGCGUACAGUCAGCGAUCCCGACGUCAGGGCGCGAUCCUUGGUCUGCUGCGCGCCCAUUAUUAGAGACCAUUACCCGAACGACAGUGUUCAAACCACGACAGUGGCGGAUAAACAUAAGGGAAAACCUCCGAAAUUACGAAAACAACAGAGUCUCAACAUCGAUGGGGCCGAACGCAUGGUGCACGCAAUCGGAAUAUGACACAAGAGGCGGCCACCGAUUGUGCUUUUAUUGAACUUCCGCGAUUAUGGAAAACAAAUUUACAGGACAGCGAUGGGAAACUCAACUAGAAAUCCAAUGGGUACGAUACGAUACGUACAUGUAUGAUAAUUGCCACUGUAUAUACUACGGUACGAUGUGUAUAAUAAUUUUCUUCUCCAGUUUCUUCGCUUAUCGUUUAUCACUAUAAAUACUGCACACCGUAUACUCCAAGUUUUCAUUUACCCUGGUAUAUUAUUGAUAACCACUGAUAAACAUUAUCAGCCAAUGCACUUGAUUCAAUUUGGGCUUUUCAGCUAAAAUAUUUCGAAAUAGUACGCAAUAUUUGAAUUCGGUAGUAAAUAUAUUAAAAUAAUAUACUACCUACUUACUUAACACUACAUACGCCCAAGUUUAAUUCUCUGAAAGAAUCACUGACUUUGUGUAAAACAUAAAUAUCUUCGAGGAAAAUUCAACAGUAAUAUGGUGAGUUACAUUUGGUUUUUGUCAGUACAUAAUUAUUUUUAUGAGGGCCCAAAUUAUUUAACUUUUGUUUCAGUUGUUUUCACCAGUUAGAAAGAUAUUGACCUUUCAAUAUAGACUGGUUUGUUGCACAGCAAUAAAAUCUGAUAGCCUGUUACAUCCAACCAUCAGUAACUUGACAGUUCCUAAACGGCAUGUCUUUAUGAAAUUCAUUGGUAUUGAAACUAAAACGAAGCUGUAUGAUUUUGUCAACAGACUAAAAAUAUUAAAUCCAUUAAAUAAAAGU